UGUGGGUUGCAAUCAGAAUACUGUGAGUGACAAGAACAAAGGUUGGAAAGGAGACUGUGCAGACAACAGAAGACCAGAUCUUGAAAAGGGAUAUGCCACCAGCGUUUAUCAAGGUGGAGAAUGCCUGCACUAAACUUGUCCGGGCAGCCCAGAUGUUGCAAGCAGAUCCUUAUUCAGUACCAGCUCGUGACUAUCUGAUUGAUGGCUCAAGAGGCAUCCUUUCUGGAACAUCAGACUUGCUGCUGACAUUCGAUGAAGCGGAGGUCCGUAAAAUCAUCCGUGUCUGCAAAGGAAUACUGGAAUAUCUGACUGUGGCAGAAGUGGUAGAGACAAUGGAGGAUUUGGUGACAUACACGAAGAAUCUGGGGCCAGGGAUGACAAAGAUGGCCAAAAUGAUUGAUGAGAGACAACAGGAAUUAACUCAUCAGGAACACAGGGUUAUGCUGGUAAACUCCAUGAAUACUGUGAAGGAGCUAUUGCCAGUACUUAUUUCAGCUAUGAAGAUUUUUGUAACCACAAAAAAUUCUAAAAGCCAGGGAAUAGAAGAGGCCUUGAAAAAUCGCAAUUUCACAGUAGAGAAAAUGAGUGCUGAGAUAAAUGAAAUAAUCCGUGUAUUGCAACUCACUUCCUGGGAUGAAGAUGCCUGGGCGAGCAAGGACACCGAAGCCAUGAAAAGAGCAUUAGCCUUGAUAGAUUCAAAGAUGAAUCAGGCAAAAGGUUGGCUGAGAGAUCCAAAUGCACCUCCAGGGGAUGCUGGGGAGCAAGCAAUAAGGCAGAUCCUUGAUGAAGCUGGAAAAGCAGGAGAACUGUGUGCAGGCAAAGAACGCAGAGAGAUUCUGGGGACAUGCAAAACUCUGGGACAGAUGACUGACCAGCUGGCUGACCUCCGAGCUAGAGGACAGGGUGGCACACCCAUGGCUAUGCAGAAAGCACAGCAGGUGUCCCAAGGUCUGGACUUGCUCACUGCCAAAGUGGAGAAUGCAGCCCGCAAGCUGGAGGCCAUGACAAACUCCAAGCAGGCCAUUGCUAAGAAGAUUGAUGCUGCUCAGAAUUGGCUUGCAGAUCCUAACGGGGGCAGUGAAGGAGAAGAACAUAUCCGGGGAAUUAUGGCUGAAGCAAGGAAAGUUGCAGAACUGUGUGAGGAGCCUAAAGAAAGAGAUGAUAUCCUUCGUUCCUUGGGGGAAAUCUCUGCUUUGACAGCCAAGUUGUCAGAUCUGCGACGACAUGGGAAAGGUGACUCUCCUGAGGCCCGUGCACUGGCUAAGCAAAUAGCUACAUCACUUCAGAAUUUACAGUCCAAAACAAACAGGGCUGUGGCAAAUACUAGGCCAGUUAAAGCAGCUGUCCAUUUGGAGGGCAAGAUUGAACAAGCUCAGAGGUGGAUAGACAAUCCUACAGUUGCUGAUCGGGGAGUAGGGCAGGCAGCGAUCCGGGGGCUGGUUGCCGAAGGUCGCCGUUUAGCCAACGUCAUGAUGGGCCCUUACCGGCAGGACCUGCUCGCCAAGUGUGACCGUGUGGACCAGCUGGCUGCUCAGCUCGCUGACCUCGCUGCCAGAGGGGAGGGGGAGUCCCCUCAGGCCAGGGCAAUUGCUGCUCAGCUUCAGGACUCAUUGAAGGAUCUUAAAACACGGAUGCAAGAGGCAAUGACCCAGGAAGUUUCUGAUGUCUUCAGUGACACCACAACUCCUAUUAAACUGUUAGCUGUCGCAGCCACUGCUCCCUCUGAUGCUCCCAACAGAGAUGAGGUGUUUGAUGAAAGAGCAGCAAACUUUGAAAACCAUGCUGCUAAACUGGGAGCUACAGCAGAAAAAGCAGCUGCAGUUGGAACUGCAAAUAAAACUACUGUGGAGGGCAUUCAGGCAACAGUGAAAUCAGCAAGGGAACUUACCCCACAGGUAGUAUCGGCUGCUCGUAUCCUCCUGAGAAAUCCUGGAAAUCAAGCUGCUUAUGAACAUUUUGAGACCAUGAAAAACCAGUGGAUUGAUAAUGUAGAAAAAAUGACAGGGUUGGUGGAUGAAGCCAUUGACACUAAAUCUCUGCUGGAUGCAUCAGAAGAGGCUAUUAAGAAAGACCUUGAUAAAUGUAAAGUUGCAAUGGCCAACAUGCAGCCUCAGAUGCUGGUAGCUGGUGCCACCAGCAUUGCCAGACGAGCAAACCGCAUCCUGCUGGUGGCAAAGCGGGAGGUGGAAAACUCAGAAGACCCUAAAUUUCGGGAGGCUGUUAAAGCAGCCUCUGAUGAGCUAAGCAAAACUAUAUCACCCAUGGUAAUGGAUGCUAAAGCUGUGGCAGGAAACAUUUCUGACCCUGGUUUGCAGAAGAGUUUCUUGGAUUCUGGAUACAGAAUUCUGGGAGCUGUGGCCAAAGUCAGAGAAGCCUUCCAGCCUCAGGAACCAGAUUUUCCCCCUCCUCCUCCUGACCUUGAGCACCUUCAUCUGACUGAUGAGCUUGCUCCUCCCAAACCACCACUUCCAGAAGGUGAGGUUCCCCCGCCCAGACCACCACCACCUGAAGAAAAGGAUGAAGAGUUCCCAGAGCAGAAAGCAGGAGAAGCAAUUAACCAACCCAUGAUGAUGGCUGCCAGACAGUUGCAUGAUGAAGCCAGGAAAUGGUCUAGCAAGGGCAACGACAUCAUCGCGGCGGCCAAGCGGAUGGCGCUGCUCAUGGCCGAGAUGUCGCGCCUGGUCCGGGGAGGCAGCGGGAACAAGCGGGCCCUCAUCCAGUGUGCCAAGGAUAUCGCCAAGGCGUCGGACGAGGUGACGCGGUUGGCCAAGGAGGUGGCGAAGCAGUGCACGGACAAGCGCAUUAGAACAAACCUCCUGCAGGUCUGUGAGAGAAUCCCAACCAUCAGUACACAGCUGAAAAUUCUCUCCACUGUCAAAGCUACCAUGCUGGGCAGGACUAAUAUCAGCGAUGAAGAGUCGGAACAGGCAACUGAGAUGUUGGUUCAUAAUGCCCAGAAUCUCAUGCAGUCUGUGAAGGAAACUGUGAGAGAAGCUGAAGCAGCAUCCAUUAAGAUAAGAACAGAUGCUGGGUUCACUCUUCGCUGGGUCAGAAAAACCCCAUGGUAUCAGUAAACACUUGCCACAUAAGUAUUGUUUUCUGUAACAUAAAAUGCCUUUUUUUGGAAACAGAAGAGAUAUAUGAACAGCAAAAGGUGCUGUAUACAUGAGCUUAAGAUUAGCUUAUGCUAAUGCCCCAUUCUAAGGGUAUGAAUUAUAAGAUAAUGCAUUUCAAAUGUCUUUGGAACACAUUUGAUAUCAAACACCUCAAAUUUGCUGUCAACAGUAGACAGUUCUUAUCAUUUAAUUUUUUUUGGUUUGCUUUUCAAGAUUCUCUUAGUGAAUACUGUACUCCCAGAAGCACAUUUCAGUUAUGCACUAUAUAUUCCAGUAGUUCCCAUGUGAUGAUAUGAAACAUGGACCUCACUUGAAGCUUGCCUUGAGAGUUUAGGACACUGUUGGUUACUUGGCAGUUUUUUAGGGACGAAUCAUUGAUAUAGAAACAUUCAACUUUCCAACAGGAUUUUAGCUGGCUGUUCUAAAACCAUGCAGAAAUGAUGGUGUGGGGCUUUUAAUUAAAAGAGGGGAGGUGGGGCAGCAGAACAGUUGUAAACUGAGGAUUAAAAUUCCAUGUCUGAACUGAUAUUGGUUUUUUUUUUUGCUUUUGAUUUUUGCCUGGCAACAGUGCUUUAACAAAAACUGGAGCUGUCUCUGUCACUCUGUAGGUAGGCAUUCCAGAACUCUCGUACUGUACUGAAAUGUUCUGCAGAGGAUGUUAGUGGCACACUGUUGACACCUUAGGCCUUAUGGCUGGAGACCUUAAAUCAUGGGACUCUUUCCUUGCUCAACUCAGCAAUAUAUUGAGCUGAAACAUCCUGGUUCUCUUAAGCUGACUGCACGUCGAGGACCAGAAAAUGCCACAUGCUGGCUCUUUCUUUUUGAAAACCAAAUGAGCACAUGCAAUUAUUCUUAUUUCCCUCUUCUCUCCAUCUGAUGUUAUUCCAGCUGCUCAAGGUGGAAAUUAAAAGAUAAAGAUACUCGAUUAAACAAGACCUUUAGCCUCACUGCCCUUGUUUUCAGCAAUGCAUAAGCUUUUUGAAUCCUGAGCUCUGCAGGGUCCAUGAAACUCUAUUUAGGUAGUCUGAUGGUCCCAGCAAAUGGUGGUUCCUAAUGCUACACAUACCUCAUUAUUUUUACUGCUUUUGGAGUUUGGAGGCUGAAAAUCUUUUUUCAAGUUCUAGUAAUAGUGAAUUGAACAAAGUGCUACUGCAUCUUUUAAAAAAAUCCCAAACAAAAUGACAAGAAUAAAACCCCCAAGCUCCCCCUCACUAAAAUAGACCUGUGAUUCUUUUAUCCUUCCAUAAUUUAACAUGCCUUCAUAUAUAUAUAUAUAUGUGCAUACACAUUGAUUUAAUUGCCUCGUAGUCUCUUUUGGCAUUUGACAGAAAGGAAAACUUGUUUGAGUUUUUAUACUUGCAAGGAAUACUUGCAGACUUUGCCCAAAUCAGCACUGACAUCAUAAUACCCUUUUAAUUUGCUGCAAAUUGUUGCAUGAUCAAACCACCUUGAAUAGAAGUGUCCUUGUGCAAAAACUGCUCAGUCUUAAAAGUUCAAAGGAAGAGACACAACACAGUCAACUGUCCUUUACCUCUCUGCAACAGUUAUUCUACACUUGGAUUUUCUCCCCUCCACCCCCUUUCAUUGCACUGUUAUCUAAAAAGGGAAGUUAAACUGUUGAUAGUACAUCUGCCUCAAAGUGACCUCAGCAAGAGAAGGCACAUGUUCGUCUUUAAUUUGCUCCUUGUGUCUGGGUAUUAUGAAAUAUGUGGUACUUAGGAUCUUUCCUUAGUAUUCUCUUCCUGCAGUUACCUGCAAUGGGAAGAGAAGGGAAGGGGUGCCAGAGCCUUAACCUGGAUGCAUUUGGUUGGUUUAUACCAGAUCUUUAACGUAAUUUUAAUGUAGUAAUUUCUAUUUAAUAGUAAAUAACACUGAGUAAGUAGGGAUUAUUUUAAAGGGAUUUUCUAAAUAGUCUUCCUGUAUUGCUUCUCAAUGCUUCUCACAUCCCCCUGUCCCAAUUCAGGCUUCUCUGUGAGAUUUUUUAUUUUAGCAUCACUGUUUAGUUGCUUGACUGAUAUUAAUGCAAUAUUACUAAUGCCUUUAAUACAUAAUUGUUUAUGCCAAAGAUCACUUUUUGUUUAUUGAUGAAUGUUUGCAGGAGAGUUAUGAAUCAUGGUUGCCUUUGAUAUUCUUCUAGAAUGUUUGCUCUAAGUUCUCAAACUGUUUUGUAGAAGCUGAGAUACUUGUCCACCUUAUGCAAUUACUGCAUUUUUGAAAACCAUUGGUCUGCAGACCCAAAGUGCAGCAAAAAUUUGAACAAGACCAUGAAUGUCACUUGGAAAUGUUUUACCACUAUAGAACUUUGUUUAUAAACCAAAAUGUAUUGUAUAGUCUAAUGUUUUCAACCUUUCUUUGGUUCUGUUAAAACAAUAAAAAUGCCUUUGUACAAA